UUGGGCUAUACGACCGGCGAUAGGGGCGCGGCUCGUGUCGACGCUUCGGGGAGAAGCGAGGCGUCGCAGCGUGCGCGUCGAGCCGCGCUGAGAGGGAGCUGUUCCGGCUAGUAACGAAGACUAGAGCAGCAGCCAUGUGGGUGGUGGCUGUAACGGUUCUGGUGGUGCUGGUGGCACUGGUGUGGCACAGGAAAACAACAAACAAAAACCUUCCACCAGGUCCUGGAGGCCUUCCCGUGAUCGGACAGCUUACCAAAGCUGUUGAUCCCAGAAAGGAGCUUCAUUUCUUAGCGUGGAAGAAACAAUAUGGCCCCAUAUUCCACAUAACAUCGAUGUCUGAACAUCUAAUUGUGCUAUCUGAACCAGACCUGAUUCGGGAGGCCUUCAGUAAAGCCGAGGCAGCAGAUCGUAUAUCCAAUGUGAUCAUGGCCCUUUUCUACGCUGACAAAGGCCUGAUCUUCAGCAGCGGAGAACUUUGGAAGCAGUCACGUCGUUUCUCUCUCCACCAUUUGCGGAACUUUGGGAUGGGUGGCGCAAAACUGGAAAGCGUCAUCCAAGACCACGUCCAGGACCUGUUAGAUAAGGUGGUUGCACCGAGCGAAGGAAAACCACUCAACAUUGACCGCAGCCUACGCAUUGCCAUUUCCAACGUCAUCUGGGGUAUGGUGUCCAGCCAGAAAUUCGCUGUAACCGACACCCGAGCACUUGAUGUUUUGAGACCCUUCGACGAGAUAUCAGGGUUUGUCGGCCGCUUCGUCGUGCUGGCUAUGUUUCCGAUACUGUUGAGACUACCCCAUUGGCUUAAUGGUCUGAGCAAGGUCUACAAGAUAUUCAACGGUCCCAUCGACACACUUCUCCAACCAGCGCUCGAUGAACAUGAGCGAACGGUAGACCUGAAUGGCGAGCCUCGCGACUACAUCGACUGCAUGCUGCAGGAGCGCAGUCGCAACCCGCAGCUCUUCACCAACAGGCACAUGAUUCGCUCCAUCCUGGACCUCUUCCUGGCAGGCCAUGAUACCACUGCAGUGACCAUCGAAUGGGCCUUUAUCUAUCUGUGUCAGCAUCCGGAAGUCCAGCGAAAGGUACGAGAGGAGAUCACCAACGUCGUUGGCAAGGAGCGUCCACCGGCCCUGUCUGAUCGGACCCGCAUGCCCUACACAGAGGCCUUCAUAAUGGAGACCCAGCGCGUGGCCAACACAGUCCCCACCGGUGUGGAGCACGUGACUCGUGAAGAGAUUCAGCUUGGAGGCUACACGAUCCCGCGCGGAGCCCAAGUCAUCUCGCUGCUGAUGGCCGUUCACAUGGACGAAAAGCACUUCCCGGAGCCGGAGGUGUUCCGCCCAGAGCGGUUCCUCGACGACCAGGGUCGUGUCAAGCCGAAUCGCGCCCUGAUGCCGUUCUCGGUCGGCAAACGGUCGUGUCUGGGGGAGGCCCUGGCGCGUGCCGAACUCUUCCUGUUUGUCACGGCGUUGCUGCAGCGCUACUCGCUGCGGUUCCCGGACGGCUUCGACCACGACCUCAGCUGUAACCAGAAAAAGAUGCUCGUUCGCGAGCCAUCACCGUACGAGCUUGUGCUGGAGCGGGUAUGAAACAUAGGUCUCAAAGCCGGUCGUCGAGAGCAAGGCCGUACAAGAAGUACAGUUUCAACUGGGUCUAUGACGGGUGUCAGUAAGCAAUCAUGCCCUGUCUGGUCAAUGGUCGUGAGUAAAUGACGCUGGAAAUACAUACAUUCGUAAUGUC